CCAGAGCUGAGGUUUCUCCUCCAGCCCGGGCUCGCCUUCACUUUGGAGAUAUUUGGUCUCUUCUCUCCCAAGCAGCCCGCCUUUCAAAACUAGGACUCUUGGACUGGCACCUGACGCCCUUUCCCUUUGCUAAGACUUCACUUCCCCGUAACCCACCUCUUCCUCAGAUACUUGGUUCCCGCUGGGUUGGAGACUGCUCUCUUUCCUUCCAAACUCCCCCCACCCUCCAAAAUAUUAACAACCUUGACAACUCCCUCAACCGAGAAGCCAGACUUCCUUUUGGACUAAUCUCCAUAGGCCUAUCAUGGAGGCUGUGUACCUGGUAGUGAAUGGAGUGGGCCUGGUGCUGGACGUGCUGACCUUGGUGUUGGACCUCAACUUCCUGCUGGUGUCCUCACUCCUGGCUUCCCUGGCCUGGCUCUUGGCCUUCAUCUACAACCUUCCGCACACGGUACUGACUAGUCUUCUGCACUUGGGCCGCGGAGUCCUGCUUUCACUGCUGGCCUUGAUCGAAGCCUUGGUUCGGUUCACCUUUGGGGGCUUGCAGGCCUUGUGUACUCUGCUCUGUAGCUGCUGCUCUGGCCUGGAGAGCCUAAAGCUCCUAGGGCACCUGGCCUCUCAUGGGGCACUGCGGAGCCGGGAGAUACUGCACCGGGGUGUCCUCAAUGUGGCCUCCAGUGGCCAUGCUUUGUUGCGCCAGGCCUGUGACAUCUGUGCCAUUGCCAUGAGCCUGGUGGCCUAUGUGAUCAACAGCUUGGUCAACAUCUGCCUCAUUGGCACUCAGAACCUUUUCUCCCUGGUGCUGGCCCUGUGGGAUGCAGUGAUGGGGCCUCUGUGGAGGAUGACGGACGUGGUGGCUGCCUUUCUAGCCCACAUUUCCAGCAGUGCUGUGGCCAUGGCUAUCCUUCUUUGGACCCCCUGCCAACUAGCUCUGGAGCUGCUGGCCUCAUCUGCCCGCCUCCUGGCCAGCUUUGUGCUUGUCAAUCUCACUGGCCUGGUGUUGCUGGCUUGCGUGCUGGCAGUGACAGUGAUCGUGUUGCAUCCGGACCUCACCCUGAGGCUGGCCACCUGGGCACUCAGUCAGUUCCAUGCCCGGCCAUCCUACCACCGGCUCCGAGAGGAUGUUGUGCGGCUGUCUCGCCUAGCACUGGGUUUGGAGUCCUGGCGCCGAGUGUGGAGUCGAAGCCUGCAGCUGGCAAGCUGGCCAAACCGGGGAGGGGCACCUGGAAUUCCCCAAGGUGGACGUAGGAGGAUGUUCUCAGCCAGGACCCAGGCACAGGACACUCUGCCUGGAGCAGGGCCCAGGUCAGAGGCAGAAGAGGAGGUCAGGACCGUCAGAGCAACACCUGCCUGCGGCCGAGAGAGGCUCAAUGAGGAGGAGCCUACAGCUGGGCAAGACCCAUGGAAGUUGCUGAAGGAGCAAGAGGAACGGAAGAAGUGUGUCAUCUGCCAGGACCAGAGCAAGACGGUUCUGCUUCUGCCCUGCCGGCACCUAUGUCUGUGCCAGGCCUGUACUGAAAUCUUGAUGCGCCACCCCAUCUAUCACCGCAACUGUCCGCUCUGCCGCCGGGGCAUCCUGCAGACCCUCAAUGUCUACCUCUGAAAACUCCCUCCCUGCCUGCCCACUCCUUCAUGAUCCACACAGGCACCUGUGCUAGGACAGCACUAACACCUCAUUUCCAGGUCCUGGCCUGAAUCCCCUCCUGUCCGCAUGGCUGUCAUUCCAAGCCUCCAAGCCAUACAUGGGACAUCGAGAUGGAAUUCUCUGGAAGACUGUGGUCUGGGUGGGGACAGGGUAACAUAGCUUCUCCUUACCCAGUGGGUCCGUUUGAUGCUGAGGGUGGUGAGUAUGUCACUAUGCAAGGGUCCUGAGACUGCCGUGGGCUCUCCUCCAGCCUACCCUGGGCCCACCCAGAUGCCAGUCUCUGGGGCUACCUCUCUCUGCUUCUGGUUUUUCUUUCUUUCUUUUUUUUUUUUUU